AUGUAUAUUAAACAUCCAAUUGAACUUCUCAAGAAAAAAGUUAAUGCUGAUUCCAUUUCUUAUAAAUUCAAAUGGAGUAACAAUUCAGUUUCGAUUGAACCUUUUACUCAAUUAACAUAAGAAAUGUUAGUCUUAGUCAAUAAUUAUGAAUUAAAAUAAUUAGGAUAUGAUCCACAAGAACCUAAACCAUCUAAACAUAUCAAAUUAGAUUCUUAAAACACAAAAUGUAUUGAAGAAUAAAAAAAAGAAGGAAGACCUAGUGAAAGAAGUGAUAAAAUAUUAGAUAAAACUCCAGAAAAAUAAAAAUAAUCUAAAGACUCUGAUAGUAUUUAAACAAAUAUUAAUUCUGCUUCCAAUUCUAUUGCUCAUAAACCAAGAAAAUCUAAAAAUUGUUAAGUUAAAUCAGUUAGACAUAAUGAUGGCAAAAUUGAAUUCUUAGUUAGUUUUGAUGAUUCAACUGAAACUAAAUGGACAUCAUUAGAUGAAAUGAAAAUUAAGGCUCCUUUAGCUGUUUGUGAAUUUUUAUUAGGAAAAGUCAAAUAUGGAGGUGGAGCAUCUAACAAUAAAAAAUGA